CAACAACAACCACAUACACCCGUCCAUCACAGAAUACCCAUCCUACCGAUACUAAAAAAUGGCCGAUAAACUCCGCACCCUCCAAAACCUCGAAGCCCUGCAGGCCCGCCACAUCGGCACCGGCCACGCCGACACAACCAAGUACGAAUGGGAAUCCAACAUCAUCCGCGACAGCUAUGCGUCGUAUAUCGGGCACCCGCCGCUGCUGUCGUACAUGGCGCUGGGGAUGGGCGAGCCGAAGGAGAAGGUGCGGGCUGCGAUGAUUGAGAAGAUGGUUCGCGGGGCUGGCAAUCCGCCUGAGACGCAGGAAUAACGAGUUCUGGGCAUGGAUUGGGAUAGGACUAGUGAUCUGCGUCCCUGAAUUCCGGGCAGCUAGGAUUUGCAGCAGGCGAGGUCCGUUCACAGCUAUUCGCGUCAAGGAAGGAUCCUCCGGAUCGCACGGCAAUGAGCCAGAGUCAAUCGAACUGUUCGGUUGUCUAUAGGUCUACGGCGACCUCUUGAGGACUCGACUUGCUAUGCGAGCCAGAGAGCAGGCGUUUCACGGGAAAUGCCGCGAGAUGGAAGGGAGAUUCUUCAGAAUAUGUGUAUUGACACAGGAUACUCUUUGAUACCCGGUGCAUGGCGUUAUCUGGGAACUGUCAUCAUGAACAGUUCUUCUGCUGUUCUUACAAGCCUGAUUAGAAUAUACAAUUUGAUCAUUGAGCUAUUA